CUCCCUCCCUCCCUCUGCUCGCUGGGCGGCGUGUGCGGGUGCCUUUAAAUUGCUUUCGCGGGAGCUGCCGCCUGCUCAGUCUCAUCUGUGAUGUAAGAAGAGACUUUUAGGUGUCUGCGCCGAUCGCCUGACUUUCUUUUCUUCUUUUCCCCCUUCCCUCCUGCCGCCGGUUCUCCCGCUCGCUCUCUGUGCCGCUGUCCUUGGCCGCCCUGCUGCUGAGGCGGAUUUGCAAAGCCGCUGGGUCCAGCCCGCCAGGAGCUGCGCUGUCCUGGGCGCAGAGGGCGCGCGACUGACUGCCCGGCUCCUCGCUCAGCCGCCGCGGGUGCGCAGGCAUGGAGGAGCAGCCGGAGUGCAGGGUGCUCUCCAUCCAGAGCCAUGUCGUGCGCGGCUACGUGGGCAACAAGGCUGCCACUUUCCCCCUGCAGGUUUUGGGCUUUGAAAUAGAUACUGUGAACUCUGUCCAGUUUUCAAAUCAUACAGGUUAUGAUCACUGGAAGGGGCAGGUGUUAAAUUCAGAUGAACUUCAUGAACUAUAUGAAGGACUGAAACUGAACAAUGUAAAUCAUUACGAUUAUGUACUUACAGGCUACACAAGAGACAAAUCAUUCCUUGCAAUGGUGGUUGAUAUUGUUCAAGAGCUAAAACAACAGAACUCCAAUUUGGUAUAUGUAUGCGAUCCUGUGAUGGGUGACAAGUGGAGUGGGGAAGGCUAUAUGUAUGUUCCAAAGGAUCUUCUUCCAGUUUAUAAGGACAAGGUUGUGCCUGUAGCAGAUAUAAUAACACCUAAUCAGUUUGAGGCUGAGUUACUUACCGGGAGGAAGAUACACACUGAAAAAGAGGCUAUAGAGGUAAUGGAUAUGCUCCACAAUAUGGGACCCGAGACUGUUGUAAUCACCAGCUCAGACCUCCAGGCACCUUCAGGAGAUGAUUACCUGAUAGCAUUAGGAAGCCACAGGAAAACUUCACAAGAUGGGACCACAGUGACACAGAGGAUCCGAAUGGAGUCUCCUAAAGUAGAUGCUGUCUUCGUUGGUACGGGAGACCUGUUUGCUGCCAUGCUCUUGGCCUGGACCCACAAGCAUCCAGACAAUCUAAAAGUGGCAUGUGAAAAGACAGUGUCAGCCAUGCAGCAUGUUUUGCAAAGAACCAUAACGUGUGCAAAAGCCCAAGCUGGAGAAGGAAACAAACCCAAUUCAGCCCAGCUGGAACUGCGGAUGGUCCAAAGCAAAAAGGACAUAGAAAACCCAGAGAUAAUAAUAAAAGCUACUGUGUUAUAAAGGUUGUACAUCUCCUAACAACGCACAAUGUAUUGAUGUCCUCAUUUUCUUUCCUGUAAAUUGUAAUGUUUGCCUUAGAUCUGUGACAGAAACCUGACUUCCAUGAAAUAGUGCCCAGCAUAGAUGAGAUCCACUACCAAGCACAUGUGCUGGCCUUGCUCGAAUUAAGAAGAAUGAAAAAAGCUAGGUGUAUAUUGCAACUCCCUCCCAGGUAUGAAGAUGGCUGUCAGAUCAAUUCAGUCUUGUUGGGAGCCCUGGGUUUGGGAGCACAAGGUUUCUUGCCUUGCCAAAGACUUUCAGAAUGCAUUUGUUAGUGGAAUGAUUGUCUGGAGUGUAUAAACUGUGGGAAAGCAUCUUGUGCCAAUUGAGCAGGUUACCUCUCCCCUUAAAUGCAGUGGUUUGGCAGCCUGCUUCAAUGUUCAGUACCUCAAAAAGUAGAGAGAGAUUCAGGCCAAGUGUGGAGAGGGGUCUGCAGAUGGUUAGCUUUUAGGUUCUCUGUCUGUACAGCCCUUGGAAGUAUAAGAAUGUGUUGUUGAGAACAGCUCCCAUGUCUGGUCUGUGAAAAAUUGCAAGACUCCACUAUCCAGAGGUGCUAACCCUUUAAUAUUAAGCAACCAAAAGUUGUCAGGUUUUUUUGUUUUGUUUUGUUUUGUUUUGUUUUGUUUUGUUUCCCCCUUCUUUCUCUCCACAAAAAACACAGAUGAGUAAAAGACAAUGGUGGUUCUACCUCUGAUAGAAUACACUUGACACAGUUUUAUCAAAAGACUCACAAGAUGCAAGUUUCCUUAAUAAGUACUUCUUAUGAAACCUGAAUAUCCCAUUUCAUCUUGUAAUGGCUAGGAGGGGAGUGAAAGUCUUUGUUGUUUGUUGAGACCAAUUCACUGUUUUUGACCACUGGUUAGCGUGCUCCUGCUUCUGGGAUGGAUGAUUAAAAAAAGACUGUAUAAUCAAUAGGUUUCUCCAGACAUACACAUCCACCAAAGGCACUACACACCAACCACUGCUCUUGUACAACCUCCAUGCCUUUCAAUGACACUUAGGCAGGAAUCUCAUGCAAGCCUGAUAGAAAUGAAUAUAGGUUGCACCGUAGACGUUUGGGAGGCAUUUUACCCAUAUUAUUUAUCAAUGCAAGGCCCAAACCUUCAGGAAUUUUACAGGAGUUAUUGUUAAAUUUCAACUUGAAAAAAUAAAUGACGGUCUGGAUGCUCCAGUGAGCAUGUCUGAAUACCUUGGGAAUCAACACAGAGUGCUAGGUUCUGUUACAUGCAAUAAUCUCUUAAAGUUAUUAAAACAAUUUCAGUUCCUCUUAGUUGUUGAUAAUUUAAUAGUGCCAGGACUAAGCAUAUUAAUUCAACUUAGAAUUUUAAACCUGUUUUCCUGUUUCUCUUCUCUCUGUCUCUCUGUUCCCUGCCCCCAGAAGAAUUAUGGAUAAAUUGACAUUUGUACUCUUUGUUUUAUUUCUUGUUAUUUUCUUGAGAUAAAACAGGGUAUUGAAGCAAUCCAUGGCACUUUGUAAAACACUUGUUGCAGUGUUACUUCCUCUUUCCUUGCAAAUGACCAGGGUACUUUUCGCCUAAUUUUUAUUAGAACAUCCUUUUCUCUGGAUCUCUCUGGAAAACAGGAUUUCUGCAGAAGUGCUGCCAUUAACAGGAGUGCUGCUUGAGUCUUAAAGCUCCAUUGUGCAAACUGUUGUUUGCUGUUGUUAAAAAUCAGCUUUUAAUUACUUUAUUGCAAUGUUUUAAAUUUCUUAGAUGCCUUCUACUAAAAAUGGUCUUGAGGUGAUCUACAAUAUAACAUACAAACAAUAUAGAAAUAUACAAGAACUAAAAACAGGGGUAACAGCAACCAACAAAUUAUUCAAUACAAUUCAAAAAGCAACACCAGCCUUGCCCCCACUACCAUAACGCCCCCCCAAAGAAACAUGUUCAUAAUUGUCACUAAGCAAACCAAUUUAAAUGUCUAGCUGUACAUAAGAAUGUUACAUUAACAGUCAUAUGCCUGGUGCCAAAACAAUAUUUAUGUUGGUUCAAGGUAGGCCUUGAUGGGGACAAAAUUCUAAAAAUGAGGGGCUGCAAUUGAAACAUUUCAGCUUUUUCAUUCAUUUAAAAUACCCAUUUGUCUAAUCAUUGUGGUUGUAAGCUUGUUGAUAACUUAUUUCCACUGUGGUCCCCAGUGUCACACAAGUUCCCCACCCUUCCCUGUAUCAGGGAUAGGACAAUGUAUGGCCUGCCAAGGUUUUUCUCAAUAAAAGCUUUUCCCACCAGCCUCAGAUGAGCACGACAGCAACAUGGGGCAUAAUCACAGGAAGGUGGUGAAACUCAUCAGACCAGCUACAGUAUGAGUGGGGAACCUUUGGCUCUCCAGACGUUACUGAACUGCAUCUCCCAUCAACCCUAGCAGGUAUGACCAAAAGUCAGGAACAAUGGGAGUUGUAGUUCAGCAACAUCUCAGAGGCCAAACCUUACGCACACAUGAGCUGAAGUUUACAAAAGCUUUACAUUGUAUACACAUUGCCUGCAGACUUCAAAGUAUUAGGAAUUGCUAUUUUUCAGAACAUAUAUUGACCCAGCAUUCCCUACAAAUUCCAGCCACAGCCUUCCAUCAUUGAUUCAUAGCACCCUAAGUAUCCCUAAGAGAUCUUUUGGAACUACUGCAUCGCAUCCUUGGAGUGCUUUCCUAAUAUAUUUUUUCCUGGUCUCUACUAGUUUCUGAAGCUGUGUUUGCUUCUCUUACCACAAAACGGUUAUAUAGGAAGCUUUGGAAUGGCACCAUACAUUCAUUCAUUCAUUCACUCACUCACUCAUUUAGUUAUUCAUCAACUGAGGGUGCUUCAUAUAUUAUACAGAAGUGAGAUGAGAAAGAGCAUGAGUGGCUCAUCUCACCUUGGAAGAGUACCCAUUUCAGAAAGCAUGAAAAGGCAAAACACAAGAGUUUCCUAUACUGUCUUCCCAUUACUUCUGUGCAACAUCCAAAUAUGCCCUGAAUGGACUGGCUGCCAUGGGAAAUAAUACCUGGGUUUCUAUAGCAGAACCAACAAUGGCAAUGUGGCUUAUGUAUGUCUAUGCCUUACAUCAAGCUGAGGUUUUGCUUUUUCACAGUGUUUACAGUUAGUUUCAGGGCUCAGUCCCCAACACUUUUCCUUACUUUUAGCAAAUCUGAAGGGAAAUUCCAUGUAACUAAUUACUGGAUUUUACUGUUACUCCUUUUAGUCACCAUUGUUGGGAAAUUGCCUUUUAUAAAUUAAAAAAGGGUAGUUUUAAUUGCAUUAGAUUCUUGCCCUUGCUCAUGCUGACAGAGCCAAAGUAGGCUCUUAGGUUAACAGCUGCAAACCAGUAAUCAUUUUCCUAUUCUCAUACAACAAUAUACACUGCCCUGUAUUGAUAACGACAUUCAACACAAUUUUCAGGUUGGAGGGAUAUAGUUGUUGAGCAAAACGUAGCUGUGUGGAGAGACAACUUCUAAAGCACAAAUACAUUUUAACUAUUAACCCCAUCUGAUCACAGAACACUCAAAGGAUUAAAGUUUCUUUUUGAGUACAACAUUCCAUGUUAACAUCUCCAGCAGCUUAAGGAAGCUUGUCAUGAUCAGUCCUGGCCUUCUGUGCUUGGUGGGUUUGUUACUGGUAAAAUAUCAAUAAAUUUAUAGCAAUAAAAUAUUCAUACACUUUUUUCAUACAAUACAUAAAGAAUCUUGAAAACUACCCAUUGCUAUAUAGAUCUGCUGUAAGUUGAGCCUUCCUGGUAUGUGAGUUAAUUAAGAUCCUACAAAAUCCACAUAAUACUGUCUUUGUCCCUCUUCAAUGUAUUGGGGCUAUUAGACAUUCAUUAAAAUUGCAGCACUUGAUUUCCAUAGAUAAAUGAGGAUAAGUAGUUUCAUUAGGUAUGCUUUUUUAAAAAUACUACUAUUGUUGAGGUGAAUUUUGAUUUAAUGUGGGAUUUUCAUAUAUGAAACUUUCCCAAAUACUUUCCCCAUAGAACACUGGACAAGCCAAUAUGAACUGUGAUUUUAGCCAGGAAUCCAGAGAAAGGGAAACUCUUUAUCCCUCCCAAUUUUCAACUUAAUUUCUAGCAUACGCAGGACAAAAUGCACAUCAAAAAAGCACAAGUAAAAAUAUUAAUUUUUAGUGAGAUUUUUAGAGAAAAUAUUAUUCAUAUUAGGUCUUGAUUCUACCCAGAUUAAUUUACAGCACUCCCUUAUUUUAAGUAAGUCUUAUGCUGCUAACAUGUUAGAACCUGAUUCCAGUAUUCUAAGGCUUAUCAGGAGAAUCACUGGGAAAAAAAGCAUUUUUAAAAAUCCCAAUAGGCUAUUGCAGGCUAUUUUUAAUUGCUGCAGUUUUUAGAGACAUUUCUCUUUAAUAUGGUUUGGGCAGCAUUUAUUUCUUGUCCUGUCAUCAUUUCCCAGCCCUUGAAAAAAUGUAAGCAAUACUCCGCAUAAACCUAGCAAAAACCAUGUCAGAUCAGUUUUCUUAUAGUUUUCUUUUCGUUUAGCUGUAACAGACACCCAAGGUUUCCAAUGAUUUUUUUUGGAAUUAGAUGCAGAUGGAACAGCUAUUAAAUAUUCUACUUCACCCUUUUAUACUUUGGAACAUUUAUUUAAAGGAGUGAGCAUCUCAUAAGGGUCAAGACCUAUUUACAGAUCCGCCCAUAGGGAGCCUUACCCUCCAGAAAGAACUGCAGUGCGUGAACCUAUCAGCUGCCGCCCUUACUGAUGCCACCUGAGCCUUUCCCUUAAUAGGGUGCCAGCCAAUACAGUCCCUGCAGAUGUGAGACCCCAUCCUCUGCACCAGUGUAUCAGCUUCUGCAGCGGAUAAGUUAUGGAGAGAGAAAGAAGAAAAGCUGAUAAAGUCAGAUCAGAUCCCUUUGGCCAUUGUCUUUCACUAGAGCAAUGAGAUAGAUCUGGAGAGAGGCCAAGUCUUUCUAUAGCCAUAGGUCAGAGGUGGCCAACGUGGUACCCUUCAGAUGUUGAACCGCAAUUCCCAUUACCCUGAUCAUUGGCCAUGCUGGCUGGAGUGGAUGGGAGCAAAAGUGCUAAACAUCUGGAGAGCUCCAAGCUCACCACCCCUGCCUAGUGAAACUCGAAUGAAGCUAAUUCUCUCCACCAUGACCACUUAAGCUGCUUUUUUUGAAAGGAUCUGGAAUUCUUCCGUCCACCAGCCCCCAUAUAUAGGGUAGACCGGGACUAGCUCGCCCAGAGAAUCAGGCUGAAAGUAAAGAUGAGCUUAAAGCAAAUCAGCGUGUGUCUCUAAUAGUCCCAGAGGCACGGGUUAAGUAAAUACUGCAGCUGUUUUUAUGAUUGUCUUCAACUGGAAAGCUGGUGUUGCCAUCUACUGUUGCUAAUUUGUGUUUAAUUCCACUUUUUGUAAAGAUUUCUCAAUGUACCCGUGCAGCUAUUUUUCUUAUUGUGGUUUCAGUUCUUUGUGAAGCAUAGGGGCUAACAAGAUCUUAUGUGCAAGUAUAUGUGAUCGAGCUCUGAAGCUUUCUGUUUUUCAAAAAAAGACAAAUGGCUUUGUGAGGCAAUGGUUUUGAGCGUAAAAAUGAUGGGCAGGGGAAGGGGUUAAGCACUCCCUCCACUACUUCACUUAAAGCCUCCCUCUUCCAAAUCUGUUCUUUAAAAUGUACAGCAUCAGGAAUCUGUUACAUGCAUUUGCACAUAACCUUUAAUCAGUCUCUCAGCAGGACCAAAACUCAUGUAAAAUGAAGUAUCUCACAAGCUUAAAUCUAGCUUUUAUGUACCCAUAAUACUUUGACUUCCUUGCACCUAACGACAUUUAGAAAAGUAAAUAGAAACUGUCAUUUGUGAAAUCUUACUUUUAAAUGUGCUUUUAAGAAGCAUAUGUAUUGAAAUUUGCUAUGUUUUAGAUGUUUAUUUGCCAAAUUGCAUUCAAUAUGCAAGAGAUCUGUGAUCAGCGCAAUAUUUAAAAAAAGAAUUAAGAGGACCAAGAUUUCUAGCUAAAGAUACUGCCUUGUUAAGAGUAACCUUAUACGUAUCUUGAUUGGAUGGUGUUAAUUCAUUGUCUGUCUGGUACUGUUGCAGUGAUUGUACUAGUCUCAAUUUACAAUAUGUGGCAAGAAAGAUUGUAAUAAAGCUAUAUAUGUUUAAUAACACUGUGCAUAACUAUUGUUAGAUUCUGUUUUGGAUAUGUUUAGCCACUUCAUAAUUAAUCAGAACAUGACUAGUUUGAUAGUGUUGCUGAAUCAGGUGGCCUUUUAUUAAGUUUCCAUCCCAUAUUUUAAAAUGUGAACCAUUGUUGGUUCAGGGGCAGGGCCCACAGACAGUAUAUCCAAGGGGGAAGCAAGGUCAAGCCAUUGGAAGCACAGAAUGAGAGGGUCCAUGCAGAUGGCCAAGUUACCCUUUAAUGAGCACUUUUGCUUCAACGCAGUGUGGUCAUCUGUAUCAUGCAGUCAGGUGAUGAGGAGGAUCUUAAUGCACAUCUACAGGUAAAAUGUCUGGUAGACUACGCAGUGAAAUUAUCACCAAUAUGCAUGCCAGAAAGAAACGCUGAGAGGUCUUACUGAAAAACUAGAUGUUAACUCUUACUGUCAAAUGUGAGAUGGGACUUAAUUGUUAGCCAUACCCCUUAGGUAACAGGAUUUGACUCUUCCUCUGCUUGUGAGAGUUAGUGUUACUAAUUUGUUGACUGAAAAAAAGAUGUCAGGUCCCUUCAUCCCAACAGGAGUCCAGGGCUCAUAGCUUGUCAUGCCUGGAUAGGUGACUACUCUGAGCUUGAUACUACAUCAAAUGCCUUUGUUUUGUAUACUGUGCCAGAAUAGUUGGUGAGGAAGUGUAUUGAUGGUGCUGGACUUAAAGGAUUGGGUUGUGUAAAUGGAUUAUUUAUCCCAUCUUCAGGCUGCUUGUAGAAAUAUCUCUGCUUGGGAGAGCUAGGACCCUCCAGUGAAGAGAGAGUAUUAGAGCCAGCAACAACCACCAAUUCAGAGAAUCCUGACAGCCGCCCCAUUUUCUCAGUAGUCCCCCUGCCCUUUGGGUCUUGGACCUUAAAUAUGGUAGGGCAUGCAUAUUCUACUGGCUGUGUACAUGGAUAUAUAUUUUCCCUCUCCAAAGGGACCCUAAUUACAUACUUUAUCCCCUGAUCCAGUCUCUCUUUGAACCAUACAGUUCUUCAUAAGGCAGCCUGACUUUGAAUGUUGAAGAAGCACAUUGCUGAACUAGGUUCUGUACUGCCCCAAUAAACAGAUUGUGCAGCUGAUAGAGCAGUUGUAUGGCAUGAGCAGCAGAAUUCCAGCCUAAUUGGAGCGCUGAUGAAGUUCCUCUCUUAAGGAUUCUACUUAUGCAAGUGCAUUUGUGCCUUGGUAACUUCUCAGACAUUUAGGAGGCAAAAUUAAGCGAUCUUGUGAAAACGUAAGAACAGGGUCUUCAAAAAUCAUGCCUAUUGAGGAACUGGUAAAAUGCAGAACAGAAGAAACAAAUUGUUCACUUGUUUCCUUUGAAUUAAAAAGAAUCUGCCCAGAAGGGUAGAAAAUGUUGGCUUUUUAGUCAUCCCACUCCUUCCAUGCAGUUUUCCAAAAUUCCACUUCCAGAGCCAUACAAAACAGCUGCUCUCCAUGCAACUGAAAUAUAGUAUUCCAAGCUUGCUGGUCUCGGGCAUGUACGUUUCUGAGCAAGGAUGCAUUCUUGAACUGGAGACUUCUGUUAAAAACAAUAGUUUGGUUGCAGAAAAAUAUAAUAAAGGAAGCACACUGAAAGCAUUUCUAACCUUAAACAGACUGUGCCAUAUAAUAAUAAGUGGAACUGACAUGCAUUAUUUACAUACUGCCUUUUCAUUGCAUUGCUACUUAGAAUAAUAAUUGUGUCUAGGAGAAUGUGGCAUGUGUACUCUGUAUCUGUAUGUACUGAAGUUCUAGCUACAGCGGGGUAGAAGUAGAAUAUGAGGGCUGGCAGUGCAGGCCUUCAGAAAGGGAAAUAAAAUAUAUAUAUAUUUUUAUAGACUGUAAUAUGAUUUCAAGUCUCAGCUGCGCCACAUCAGCCUCUUCCAGGAAUGUAAAUCUGCAAGAUUGGCUAGAAGAGGGUGGCUGUAGAAACAAGAAAGGUAGCUCAGUCAAUCCCAACAGCCCAAGAUGGAUUUAAUUAAUAUAUAAAGAUGCCUUUGAAAUAUAUUUUUAGCUCUGAAAUAUUAAAUGGAUAAAUAUUUACAAGCAAACUUUAUAUGUAUUUGACAUUUGUGUAGUGCUUUGUAUUGAAGAAACUGAUCUGUUAUAUGUUUAUACCUCUUAUUAAUUGUUCUUGAGUUGUAGGGACAAAGAGUAGAUAACUUGUUUAUAUGCCAGAAAAAUAAUAAUGAUAAUACGUGAUGUGUAACUGUGUCUAAUGUUAGUGGCCACAAUCCCAAUGAAAAUGUUGUUUGUAUACUUUCUGGUUUGCCACAUGUGACUUUUAUCCAUUUUGUAGUAACGUUUACAUGCUAAAAUAUGUAGGAAGAUGAUAAUAAAGUCAAUGAACUACCUAAGUGAAGGCCAAGAAUUAA